GCAUCACUUCGGAAAACAUGCCAGAGGUGAAGCAACUGUUGUCCGAGACUGAUCUGGAAAGAGCGGUCAGAAAAGCAGCCCUGGUCAUCUACUGGAAAUUAAAUCCAAAGAAGAAAAAAGAACUGGCUGUUUCAGAACUGUUGGAAAACGUCGGCGAAGUGGACAGCCAGGGCCAGGGAGACCAGCGCCCGGGGCCGCUUCCAAAGACCGUCCAGAAGCAAAGAAGGAUGCUGGAGAGAAUGGUCAGCAGCGAAGCCAAGAAUUACAUGGCCUUGGACGACUUCGUUGAAAUAACCAAGAAGUUCGCCAAGGGAUUCAUCCCGCCAAGUAUGGUCCCUCAGGAGGACGACGAGGACGACGAGCUGACGGGAAAGAGCCCCGAGGACCUCCCCCUCCGACAGAAGAUCAUCAAGUAUCCCCUUCACGCCAUCAUGGAGAUCAAAGAGCACAUGAUAGAGGUGGCCUCCAAAGCCGGCAUGCAUUGGCUGUCCACCAUCGUUCCCACCCACCAGAUCAACGCCCUGGUCUUCUUCUUCAUCCUCAGCAACCUGACCAUUGACUUCUUUGCCUUCUUCAUCCCCCUGGUGGUCUUCUACCUGUCUUUCGUCUCCAUGGUGAUUUGCACCCUGAAAGUCUUCCAGGAUAGCAAAGCGUGGGAGAACUUCCGCACCCUCACCAACCUGCUCCUUCGCUUCGAGCCGGACCUGGAUGUCGAAGAGGCGGAGGCGAAUUUUGGCUGGAAUCACCUGGAGCCCUAUUUCCACUUCCUGCUCUCGGUCCUCUUCGUCAUCUUCUCCUUCCCGAUAGCCAGCAAGGAAUGGAUGCCCUGCUCCGAGCUGGCCACCGUUUCCGGUUUCUUCAUGGUGACAAGUUAUAUGAGCUUGGGCACCAGCGUGGAGCACUACACACGAAGGGCCAUGUUGACCGAGGUGACUGCGGGGGCCCUCUGCCUACUGCAGGGGGCCCCCGACCACUGGGGUUACGUGAAGCUCUUGGGUAAAACGUUUUACAGCCUUCCGCUCGGCAGUCUUCUGGUGCUGAACCUCAGCGUCCCUUGCCUCUUGUACCUGUACCUGUUUUACCUUUUCUAUUGCAUGGCCCGGCUGAAGAACUUUAAGGGCGUCUAUUGCUACUUGAUUCCUUACUUGGUCUGCUUCAUGUGGUACGAACUCUUCAUUGUGAUUCUUCAGGAAUCCACCGGCCUUGGUCUCCUUCGGGCCUCGGUGGGCUACUUUUUAUUCCUGUUUGCGCUUCCGGUGUUAAUGUUGGGCGUUGCGCUGAUGUGUCUUUUCCACUUCCUACGAUGGCUGGUCACGUUGGAGCUGACCAAGAUUGCGGUCACCCUUCUCCUCUGCGGGGUCCCUUUGCUCUUCCACUUGUGCACGCGGGCCCGAGUCUCGGCCAUCGACAUGGUGAAGUCCCUUACCAAGAGUUCAAUUGUGAAGCUUAUUCUGGUGUGGCUGUCUGCCAUUGUGCUCUUCUGCUGGUUUUACGUCUAUCGCUCGGAGGGGAUGAAGGUGUACAACUCCACGUUGACGUGGAAUCAGUACGGGUUUCUCUGUGGGCCCCGGGCUUGGAAGGAAAGCAACAUGGCGCGAACUCAAAUUUUAUGCAGUCAUCUGGAAGGCCACCGGGUGACCUGGACAGGGCGAUUCAAGUACGUCCGAGUGACCGGCAUUGAGAACAGCGCCGAGUCCGCCAUCAAUAUGCUUCCCUUUUUUCUCGGGGACUGGCUGAGAUGCUUGUACGGAGAGACGUAUCCCGACUGCGACCCCAGAAACGCCACCCUGGAGGAGGAAGAACUGUGCCGGCUGAAGUACUUGAGCAAGCACAACUGCCACAUCAAGAGGUUUGACCGGUAUAAAUUUGAAAUAACGGUAGGCAUGCCCCUGAAUCGUGGGAGCGGCAACGGGACCCUUGAGGACGACGACAUAACCAAGGACAUUGUGCUGAAGGCCAGCAGCGAGUUCAAGUACGUGUUGCUGAACCUGAGACAGGGCAGCGUGGUUGAAUUCAGCACCAUCCUGGAGGGCCGUCUGGGGAGCAAAUGGCCGGUCUUUGAGCUGAAGGCCCUCUCCUGCCUCAACUGCCCGUCAAAGCUCUCCCCGGCAGGCCGGCACGUCAAAGUGGAGCACGACUGGCGGAACACCGUUCAGACAGCGUUCAGAUUCGUCUUCAAUUUUUUGUUCUCCCCUUUUCUGUACAUUGCCUAUUAAGCUCCGGGUGUAACGCCCGCUCCGACACGCUCUUUUGGCCGUCACAAUCUUGAUUUAACGGCAUUUAGCACGGUACGUCAUGCGGUUCUAAUCUUUUUCUGCCUUGCACGAUUAUAGUGAGAAAAACGCCCAGCUGCGUGUUGAAAGGGUUUUUCUAAAGAACUAACCUAUCAAAGCAGAGAUGCCAAAAAAAACCCCCACACAACUUUGCCUUCUAUGUAUACUCAGUAGUUAACAUGAACUUUAUUCCGAAUUCUCAGCUGUAACAAUCACAAUAAUGUCAAAACUGAGGGUGCGUGAUGAUGACGACGCCUGGGCACACGUGCUCCAAUUUACGACUUGGGCCAGGCGCCAUGAGACAAGCACGUUGAUGUGGACAUGAGAUUUUCAUCUCUCUCUUUGCUCUCCCCAAGGAUUGCAGAGAACCGUACUCUAGGG